AAAUCAAAGAGCGCCAUUCUUCUGUGACAUUGUUCAAGGGUCCGCGCGGUUUCUUCUUCCUCUCUCUCUUCCUACGUUACGUGCGUAGUCUCUUCUUGCUUUCAAGAAGAGGAGCUUAUAACGUAACAAUAAGGAGAGAGGAAGGGAUCAAAAUGGCGGUAAAUGCUGCAUCAUUCAACAGAGUGGUUGCCAUCUUUGCUCUCAUUUUUGCCAUCGUUUUACCCAUGUCUAAUGCUGCAGGCCUGUCUCCGGCUCCGGCUCCGACAAGUGAUGGCACGGCAAUAGACCAGGGGAUAGCAUACAUCCUAAUGCUGCUGGCGUUGGUUCUCACAUAUCUGAUCCACUGAACCCUCCAUCCGAUCGAUGAUUCGAGACUUCGAGUUCUAUAUUAAAGCAAGAACAUCCAUAUAACUGGCUUUUUUGGGGUGGUUGUGAUGUAAUCGAAGUGUAAAUCAGAUUGGAUUAGCAUUUUUUAAUGGUGUAUGCUAGAGAGUAUUUCAUUGUUUUGGACGCAAUCUCACUAUUACUACAUUAAGUCCUUCAUUGCUUCUAUUUUCUUC